UAUUCGACAUUCACAACAAUUCACAAAUACUCACACACACACACACAAAAACAAUAGAUACAAAUAAUGGCACCUUUUAUGUUGACAGUGUCACAAGAUGGAACUGGAAACUACAGAACUGUACAAGAAGCCAUUGAUGCAGUACCACUCGGCAACACUCGCCGGACGGUGAUAAGGAUAUCGCCGGGAACCUACCGGCAGCCACUAUAUGUUCCAAAAACCAAGAACUUGAUCACUUUUGCUGGUUUGUUUCCUGGAGAUACUGUUCUGACAUGGAACAACACUGCCAAUAAAAUUGAUCACCAUCAAGGUUGUAAGGUGAUAGGGAAUGGGACUUUUGGUUGUGGAAGUACUAUUGUGGAAGGGGAAGAUUUUAUUGCUGAGAAUAUUACGUUUGAGAAUUCUUCUCCUCAGGGUUCAGGACAAGCAGUGGCAGUUAGAGUAACAGCAGAUCGAUGUGCAUUCUACAAUUGCAGGUUCCUUGGAUGGCAGGACACACUGUAUUUACAUUAUGGCAAGCUAUAUAUGAAAGAUUGUUAUAUUGAAGGAAGUGUGGAUUUCAUUUUUGGUAAUAGCACUGCACUCUUGGAGCAUUGUCAUAUCCAUUGCAAGUCUGCGGGGUUCAUAACUGCACAAAGCAGAAAAUCUCCACAUGAAAAAACUGGUUUUGUAUUUUUGAGAUGUGUUAUCACGGGCAACAGAGGAAGUUCAUAUGCAUAUCUUGGAAGGCCAUGGGGACCUUAUGGAAGAGUGGUAUUUGCGUAUACUUAUAUGGAUCAAUGUAUCAAACAUGAUGGUUGGAAUAAUUGGGGGAAUGUUGAAAAUGAAAGAAGUGCUUGCUUCUAUGAAUACAGGUGUUUUGGACUGGGUUUUGUUCCUUCGAAAAGGGUGAAAUGGGCUAGAGUGUUAAAGGAUAAAGAAGUUGAAGAGUUUUUGAUGCAUAGCUUCAUUGAUCCAGAACCUCAAAAACCAUGGCUAGCUCAAAGAAUGGCUUUAAGGAUUCCAUAUUCUGCUUAGAAAUUAUGUUUAGAACACUUGAGAUAUGGAUGUGAUUCAGAGUCUAAAACAAAAAUAAAAUACAAUUGUUAAAAAUAAUACACAUUUUUAAAUCAAACAUGGGUGAAUCUAGUGAGGUGUUAUAAUUUAUCUCAUUAUUGUAAUGAUUUUUUAUGCAUUAAUAUGAUCUAUAGGAUAGGAAGUGUGAUAUAUAACAUUGAUACUUUAUCUAUUUUGAUUAUCGAA